UUUUAUUGAUAUUUUGAAUUAUGUAAUUUUCAUAACAUUUUUCCUUUUCUUAAAAAACGUUGAUUUAUUGAAAGGAAAUAAUUCUUUUGGUACAUCAAUAUGAGUGUCAGCGAAAUUGAAAUCAACCAAUUCGAAUCAUCGGUUCCAAAUCCAAAGCUUCAGCUCUCAACUACAGGAAAAAUUCUCAUCGGGGUCACUGGAGGAGUAGCACUGGGCCUGACCGUAAUCUGUGCCCCAUUUGUGAGUCCUGCCCUAAGAAAGUUCUGUCUGCCCUAUAUACCAGCCACAAACGAGCAACUGAGUAACAUAUUGAGUGCUCUUAGAGGAAGAAAAGGCACGUUACUCGAUUUGGGUUCAGGAGAUGGACGUAUAGUCAUAGAAGCGGCAAAAAAUAAAUUCGUAUCUGACGGAGUAGAAUUGAAUCCUUGGUUGGUGCUCUAUUCGAGAUUUAGUGCAUUGAAAAAUGGUUUAGGUUCGCAGACCAAGUUUUUUAGGAGAGAUCUAUGGAAAUAUGAUGUUUCAAAAUAUGAUAAUAUCGUUAUCUUUGGGGUAGAACAAAUGAUGGCAGAUUUAGAGAAAAAAUUCCUAAAAGAAUGCAAACCUGAAUGCAACAUUAUAGCCUGCCGAUUUCCUCUACCCAAUUUAAGGCCUACAAGAACCGUAGGCCACGGUAUCGACACUGUUUGGAUAUACGACAUUAGGGACUCUUGACAGUUACAGAAAACCUAUUUUUCACCCUAUGGUUGGUUUAUUUCAAACAGUUCCAUAUUGUAUUUUAUAUUGUUAUUGUAUAUGUUGAAGUAAUAGGAAAUUUGAGUUAAUUUUUUUUAAUGUAUACAGAGAGAUUGUAAGUAAUAGAGGAGUGGUAAAAUAAAAUAUUACUUGUAUUCAGAAAAAAGGAAAAAAUCACCAAUGUAUUACAUACUUAGACCGGGAUUGAUAAAGAUUUACCAUACCUAUACGUAUACAUUAUAGAUUUUUAGAUAAUACUAUUUAAUUUAUACAUGUGAUUCACAGAAUACUAAGUUCAUUUUGUUAUUAUCAAAUAUUAGAAAGGUCUUUAUGUACAAAGCUGUAAAAUUUGUGAAAAGUGCACAGCUAUCACAAAAAAAAAAUCAUUUUGCUAAUUGCUGAAAUGAAUUCUCUCCAUGCAUUGUACCUAGCUUCUUGCAUAGGUACCUUAAUUAAUUAAAAUAGAUAAAUCAAACCAGACACAGAAGAAAUAAUUCACUGCACAAUUUGCAACAUCUUUAAAGCUAAUUAAUUUAUAUUGCGAAUCUAUUUGACACCCUAUUGAAAAACUAACCCAACAGGUAAUUUUACAAAUUUCACUAUAAAAACUCCAAAAAAAAAAAUCCUAGAACAAUAAUGAAAACCUAUGUUUUUCAAUGAUAGGAAAAUCCUAAAAACUACUUUUGUUGUGAUGCUUUUUUCAUGUGAUUUUUACUUUUCAUGUGCUGCAUGAACUGCAACUCAGAGUUACUGGUGCUGUUGCAAGACGCACAAUAGUAAUCACCCGAAGGUGUCCGGUGUACAGCCAGAUCGAUGUACGGUUCUGGUUCUACCGGUGGAGGUGGAAUACUGAGU